UUUAUCUUUGUUAAAUAUUUUGUUUCCAGAUGAUAUCCUCACGAAUAUGUUCUCUCUCGAGAUUAAAACCUCGACAAUUCGUGAUAAAUCCGUUAAUACACAGGAAGAGUAGUUUUGCUCCUAGCUACAGCAGUACAGGAGAUAUAAAGAAAUCAAUAACAAAACUACAGAACGAGAGAAUUGCGUCAAUGAUUAUUUACGGAAAACCUAACAGACCUUUUCCUGAAGAAUAUGGGCUAGAUGUAGAAUCCAUGACAGAGGGCGCUAAACAAGCUAUUGGUGUAGUUUCUGAAUUUUUGGAAGAGGAAGAAUAUGAUAAACUGGGAGGAUUAGUAUCUCCAGAGUGUAUUGCAGGAUUAAAGAAGAACCUCGCUGGUCUAACCCAGGAAGAGAAACGAUAUCUGAGGAUUAACCCUGAGGAUAUAUUUUUCAGUUUUAUUCCAGUUUUUCGAUCUAAUGAAGCCGGGCAAACGGUUACACUAGUAACCUUCUCUCUGCCUGGUCUUCUCGGUAUAAAGGAGAGGAUUAAGGAAAUGAGGAUCAAGAUGAAUGAAACCAUGGAGGAGCUGAAGAAAGAAUCUCAGGAAGGAAAGCUUAAAGUUGGUGAAAUUACUGAAACUCUGAAGGCGAGUGAUAAAGUCCUGAAAGAAAUGGAUCCGUACAAGACCUUCCAGGAGAAUGAGAUUCUAAUCGGAAACUAUAAAUUUGAACGUGAAGAUAAAAUGGCUGACUGGACACUCGUCGAGAUUACUCAGGUGAACUCCGUAGCGGCCUGGGCCUGGAUAUUUAGGAAACGAUGGAAGGGUCGUCUUGGUAUCUCUCUCCGAGGACCUGAUUUCUAUUCCGUCCUCCGAUAUGAUUAUAUGACGGACUUUGUUGUUUAUCUGCUCAUGCUUAACCUCAUAACAGCUCAAUAUCUAGGAAUCUUUGCAAUGGGUUCUGGAGGUGGCCCACCAACCCCUUAAUGAUUUCACUGAUCACCGCAAUAAUAUAUUUAUAAUCAAGUAGAUUUAUUUACAUUCAUUUUGAAAUUGCAGUAAAUUCAUACAAGCGACAAAUAAAAAUUCAUUCAGAUGAAAAGGACCAAUCUAUUUCAGAAA